AUGGAUCUCUAUUCGGUCCUCGAUCCCAAUCAACAGCUAACGACCACCAAGUCCCUAAAGCUUGUUGAACUGAACCCUGAGGUUUUCCAAGCCAUAGAGAACAAGAGCGAGCUGCGUUUGAAGUCCGCAACUAAUAAAGACUACCCAGUGCUAGUCACUGCGUCAAAAACCUUCAAGAUCCGGCAGAAAAACCACUCCAAUUGUGUUCUACUUCUGAGCGAGCAUAAUGGUGCUGCCUCGUCGUACGCAAGGUUCUCAAACGAGCUUGUUUUAGCGCCCAUAGAGCCAACCAUAAAUCUACACGGAAUAUCAGUUCUCACAGAUCUGUCAGGGCUGACAAGCAAGAAUCCAGUCUCCUUGGAGAGCAUAUUUGAGAACUCCCCAAUGUCUAAAGAGGAAUUUGCGCGUCUGUGUCCCGAGCUCAAUCUCGUCGAGCUAGAAGGAAACGCCUACGUUCUACACGAAGAACUUGUGCGAGAUUGUCUCAGCAGCAUACUCAGAGCCAUCAUUGAAGAGCUGGUGGAGUCCGGGGACGAAAUGAACAUAAUGACGCGGUUGCAAUCGCUCGAUAAACAGUGGGUUAUAGACGUGGUGGACAAGCGCCAGGAAGAGUCGUAUCCGUCAGAGAUCAUACAGACGGUGCUUGCAAAAUAUACCAGAGAAGCAGACGAGAAACUGGCAUUUCUCAAUGAAAAAGUGGUGCGACUCUACGGUGUUUUGCUACUCAAAAACAGCACACAGAACAUGAAGGAGGAGGAUUUUGCCCUAAACCUAAAACUCACUAUGCCAUUCAACUAUCAUCCAAAUAUUAAAUUAGAGUAUCUCGGCGGAAACUUCAUCACGGAGAAUGGGUUUAUCAGAUACUUUGCGGAAUCGGAUUUGAGCGAGAACCCUGUCGAACGCAUUUCGGAGCUUUUCAAACUGAAGAAAGAGUGGAAGCUUGAGGAGAUUGAGCCGUUUGUGGUAAGAAUCAACACCAAGAAAAUAAAGACAGAUAAAUUUCUCAUCAAGUACGCAAAGGUUAGACGUGUUGGUAAGCAGACAGUAGUGUGUGCGAAAACAUAG